GGGAACGCCCCCUUGUUACACCACACAGUGUACACACAACACUCCACAGUGCCUGGUAUGAGUGCGUGGCACUGGCAGUGCCUCUUCGACCUUCACUCAGCCAGUAACUCACACUGACCCGGGUAUUCCAAAGUGCCGGUACUCUGCAAUCUUGAAGAUGGAGCAGUCAACCUACGUAGAAGGCUUUCACGACCCUGAGGCUGUGAAAAAGAUGGCGUAUCGUCAACUUGGAAAUACUGACAUGAAGGUGUCACUCAUGUCCCUGGGAGGAGGGCCCCUGGGUGGGAUAUAUGGCCACAACACCGAGAAGGAGUGCAUCGAGACGGUACAUCUGGCACUCAAGUCUGGCAUUAACUACAUUGAUACGUCUCCCUUCUAUGGCAACGGUCGCAGUGAAGAGAUAAUUGGGAAGGCGCUGAAGGGCGUCCCUCGGAGCUCCUACUACAUCGCCACUAAGGUCGGACGCUACGAACUUGCAAUAGAGCGAAUGUUCGACUUCUCUGGAGAGAGAGUCGAAAAGAGCGUCGACAAGAGUCUGAAGCUGCUGGGACUUGACUACGUCGAUGUUAUCCAGGUGCACGAUUUGGAGUUUGCUGAUAACAUUGACAUUGUGCUGAAGGAGACGCUGCCAGCGCUGCAGAAGGUGGUAAAGCAGGGUAAAGCAAGGUAUAUCGGUAUCACAGGGUAUCCCGUCUAUCUCCUGAAGGAGGUGGUAGAGAAGUCUAAUGUGAAGAUUGACGUGGUCUUGAGCUACGCUCGCAACACCUUGCUAGAUGACACCCUCAAGGAGUACAUCCCAUUCUUUCAAUCUCGAGGCAUCGGUGUGAUCAACGCGGCCGCAGUGGCAAUGGGCAUCCUGUGCCACGGAAAUGUUAUCAGCUGGCACCCUGCUCCUCAAGACAUCAGGGAAGCGUGUAGGAAGGCAGCGCAACACUGCAAGGAGUCUGGGGUUGACCUGGGUCGCCUGGCGGUGCGACACUCCCUGCUGAUGGAGGGUGUGGUCACUCACCUCCUGGGCUGCAUCAACGUAGACGUUCUUCGCAAGAACCUUGACAGUGUUAUCAAUCCUCUCACGCCCAAAGAGGAGCAGGUCAACAAGGAGGUGAAGGAGAGGUUCUUCCAGCCGCUGACUCAUAAGCACUGGGAGGGGGUCGAGCCAGUUAAGUUCCGGCAGCAGUUACAAGAACUCCGUGGCCAACAACCAAAGGAACAACGUUAACCUACCCAACCAAAAGACUUUUGGUGGGUUAACGUUGAAGAUUAUAACGUUUACACACACAAAAGAGGUGUUGUAUAUCAACCUUGGUUGUGAAAUUCACCCAGCAUAUUCUUCGUGUGUAAGAUAUUCAUUAUUACAAAAAAUGACAUGUAUUUUGCAAUUAUCCUCCACUAAAAUUAAAUUUUAUGUGAAAUAAAAUACCUACCAACGAAA